ACUAAACUACGGCCUUUCUGCUUCCAUAGGCUUCUUCAUAAUUAUAAUUGUAUGUUGGCUUCAUUCAUUUGAAGAUAUUGAGACAAAGGUGAAGGAAUAUCGAUGGAGGAUAGCAGCAGCUCGAAUGUUAUGCUGUAUGACGGUUUGGCAUUGAAACAUGGUGGAAUGUUCGCAACUAAUGGGCAUUCUCUCUACAAAAGCCGAGAUGUUAUCAUGGACUGUUUAGCUCAGAUACUUAAACGUUCGAACGCCUCACAUCCUCUGAUUACAAUAGCUGAUAUCGCGACAGCUGACGGUUCAACAUCCCUGGAGCUUCUUAACGACAUCAUUGAUACAAUUCAUAAGCGCAAUGGGAAAUCUCAACAAAUCUUGCUUUACUACACAGACCUACCAAAUAAUGACUUCAAUAGAAUGUUCAACGUUAUACAAGCCGGCCUCAACCUUUGCCCCAAUGUGUUUUGUGCUGCUGUUGGACACACGAUGUUUGAACAAUGUUUGCCAGAUAAAGCUGCAGAUCUGAUGUUUUCAUCGAUUGCUGUGAUGAAUUUGUCGAAACGCCUACCUCGAUCCGAAGAUGGACAGGGAAGUAUAGAGGAAAUGAUUAAAGCACAGGCUGCUCUCGACUGGAAAUCGUUUCUGGUUAUGCGUGGCAGGGAACUUCGCCCAGGGGGAUACUUGGUGGUACUCAGUAUUGGAACGACAAAGCAAGGGGAUGUUACGGUGCAAAUUUCAGGCGGAGUAUCUUCUUUCCGACACGUAUUACGAACGUUGAUGACGGACGACCUCAUCACUAAGGAUGAGUUCCUAGACUGCAGUGUGCUUCCUCAAGUGUAUAGAACAGAGGCCGAUCAUGCUUUACCAUUCGAAGAAAACGACAAAGACGUGCUCGAAACUGGAUUAGAGCUAGUGUCGAUUCGAUCGUUCGUUAACAAACUUAAUCAUCCUUCAUUUGAAGUAUCCGAUAAAGAUGAUGCUACCAAAAAGGCAUACGCAGACCGCAUCAUUGCUGGGAUCAAGACAUGGCAGUAUGGUUUUAUCUACGAUGGGCUAUCGCACAACAGAUCCCAGGAAGAAAGAGAAAGCCUGGUGGGGGUUUAUUUUUCGAGGUUGUGGGAUUUUGCUUACAAGAACAGCAAUGAAAUACCGCAGAUAGCCUUAGUGGAAGUCGUCGCAAGAAAACGAGCCUGAGACAAUCGCCCAAGAAAUGAUCCAACAUGAUGUAGAAAAAAGUACAUCAGCUAAGCAUAUUCUUUUUGGAUCCAUAUUUUGUUGUAAUAGGUUAUUAUUCACGCGCAUAAGAGAAACCUACGCUACCCAGACAAUGCCGAUCAUUAUGGUUUAUAUGUGUAAAUGUAAUGGAGUUAGUUUAUGAUGAUAAGCACAAAGAAGCUGGUGCCUUCCCCAAGGAACACUUGAUAUUGUUUUCAUUCAACACCUAAUUAUAUAUAUAAAGUGUCAUCUCUGUGGAAUAUUUUACGAAGACUUUGCCACAUAUCGAUUAAGAACAAGAAGUAAGAUUUUCUCUAGUUGUAACUUUCAUGUUGUUGUUGUUGUUGUUGUUGUUGUUGCUUUUUUUUUUUUUGCUUUUUUGUAUCAGCUAAGGCAAGGUUAAAGAUAUCUGGUCCUGCGCUCCGACUCAUAGUGACCAAUUGUUAUCCAGACCAUUUUGUGGGCUUGUAAAUGUCAUAGCAAUGUUCAUGCAACAUUAUAUUAUAUGAAGGCACCGUCUUUGGAGGACCUGAUCAUGUUGAUAUUGGGACAAUACGGGUCAUGACAUGUCACCAGCUGUUUAACUUGAACUUUUGAUAGGACAUCAAAAAAUAGCAAACCAGAUAAUUUUAUUUGCUUAACAAUUUGUCUUUUUCGCCUCUGCUGCAAGUCAUCUUUGAUUUGUUGAUUAUAACUUUCUCUCUCUCUCUCUCUCUCUCAGUCUCACAGUAAUCACAAUAAAAUUGUAGUAAUUGCCGAA